AUGUCUGAGAGUAGAGUGACACCGGACGAGACAGGCUACAACAGCAUCCUCACUGCCUGCGAAAAGGGGCGGCAGUGGGAGAUGGUGCUCUGGUUACUGGCGACGAUGCCAUCUCUUCGGUUGGAACCGGAUGUCGUGAGUUACAGUGCUGCGAUCAGUGCAUGCGAACAUGGCCAGUGGACGAUGGCGCUGCAGCUUGUGGACGAAAUGGUGGAUGCUGAAUUGGUGGGUGAUGUCAUAUGCUUCAACAGCGUACUCAGUGCCCUUGAAUCAAGUGGCCAGUGGUUGCUGGCGCUACAGAUGCUGCAAGAGAUGGAAUCUUUUGCUGUGACGCCAAAUGUUAUCAGCUUCAGCACCGCCGUCAGUGCUUGCAAGCAGAAAUGGAGAACGGCACUGAGUAUGUUGUUUCAGGUACCAUGCUUAGAGGCAUCUCCCAAAGAAGCUUAUAACAGUGCCAUCAAGGCCUGUGAACUCGCUCGUCAGUGGCGCCUGCCAGUGCGACUGAUAGAGGACAUGCUCGCGGCAGGGACCGAGCCCGAUGCAAUUAGCUUCAAUGACACCAUCACUGCGUUCGAGCACGCAGGCAAGCCAGGACUCACCAUUCCAGUCUUGAUGCAACUGCAGCACAAGUACCAGGGUCGGUGCCAAGCGAUAGACGCCGCAUUGCCCAAAGUCGCGGACUGA